UUGAAAUAUCUCGAAAUUUUGACACGAGCAAAAUCCAAAAUUUUUUAGACGAUCAAUUUGGAACACUAGCUUGAUAAAAAUAUGUAUAAAUUUGAAUAAAUAAAAAACCCAAUCCUUCGUUUUCCAUUAAAUAUCAAUAAUAGCUUCCAGUAUAAAUAUAAGUUCCCUAGCAGGUAAAUCCCAGUGUGACGUAUAGAGUGAAGAUGGGGAGCGAAGCAAUUCAGGCUUACAGAGCGGUGCUGAGAGCCACGCGAAGGACCUUCGCCGGCGACACAGUAAUGCUCCGAGAGUCCGCCGCGGAAGUCCGCAAGAAAUUCGAGGAGAACCGCCACGUCACCUCCCCCGCCGACCGCGGCCGCCUCCUCGAGGAGGCGCGUGAGGCUUCCCACUUCAUCUCGACCAUGAUCGUCCAAGCCAAGCUCAACGAACGCGGCGGCUACGAGGUAAAGCCCGGAAAAGAGCAUGCUGGAGCCACUCUGGAGGUUCCAUCUGAAGCGCUUCUGAAGAAAUCUGCGUAAAAGUACCACAAAACAUCAUUCAUUAGGAAACAUAAGGAGAGGCUCGAGCUCGAUUUGUCUCACGCUAGAAAGUUUUGAUUGUUUUUUUUUUUUUGGUGUCAUUUUCUUUGCUAUACAAAGGCAUUGUCCGUAGAAUAAUCAAUUUCGUGAUGAGUUGAAUUGUAAAAUGCUUGUGUGGUGAAGAAUAAUCAGUUGUGUGAUGAGUUGAAUUGUAAAACGCUUGUGGAUGUUGGAUUUAUUUCGAUUUGUAGUCAUUGCUAGUAAUGUUUUUUUCUUUAGAUAUUCAAAUUUUGCGCUAGGCUCAAGUCUUCUAAUUUUAAUGCUACAUUUUCCGGUUCAUUGUAAUGUUUCACAUUUUAUUUUCAUUCUA